AUGCCUCGCGCCGUCGCCCCUCCUCCAUCAGGUGAAUUCACCGUCCGCCUAACCAAGCCCUUCAACGGCCAAGCAACAACUGUGAUCGAAGUCAUCGGCGAGCCCAACCGACCAGCAACAGCUCGCUCCAAGACCCUCCAGAACGGCAAAGGUGGUUCGGAGAUCGAGAAAGUCGGCGAUGUCCCAGCCGAGGACGUCAACGAGCUUAUGAGCUUGAUCACUACCCUCCGUGGAUUCCCUUCGCAUCCUGACCAGGACGUUUUCGGUCACGACACAAUCUUGAACUUUGCGACGAUGGAGAUUCAGUGGAGUAAUAAGGAUGAAAAUACGAGCUCGAUUACCGAUAUUGCUGGUGAGCAGAAGGACGAUUACAAAAGGGUGUCCGAUUCUAUCGAGGCACUGGCGAGGACAUUUGCAAAGAAGGACUCUGCUGUGUAG